UUAAAGGCAUUGAGUUAUGGUAAAUAGACCUUCUCUAAAGGGGAUCAUUUGGUUUCGGCGUGACCGCUGCUGUUCCAUGUGAUACUUGGUCGUGUCACAGAAUAUAUCGUCAAUCAGUACGAGGUGAGUUCAUGUGACCAGUUCCAGGUCAACCAAUAGCAUGGCAUCCAUGAAAAUCACGACUCAACGGAUUUUGGCACUUUAGGUUUACCCAAUCCAUUUUAUCAUGAAUCAAUGCCUUUAAAGGGUAUACAUUAGUGCUUAGACUAACCCCCCUCCCCCUCCCACUCCCCCCAACAUUGAUUAGUUGCGGGGGAUAUAGAUUGGCGAAAACCUUUCCAUGCUGAUCAAAAUAAAGCAGGGUUCCCUGUAUAGUUUCAACUUCUAUGGACGAUCUUAAAACCUUCUAAUGAAAUGCUGACAUGAAUUCGGUUGUUCUGUGAUUUGGCUCUUUUACGUUGGCUGAGGCAUUGGUAAGAGGAAACAAGGUAUAAAGGGCUAUAGAAUUGAUGAGAGGGGGGCACCAAGGUUGAUGAUAUCUUUGCGGUCUAGCACAGUCAAUAUCCUGCAGUAAUACGGAUCCUGUUUAUUGUGAAAAUGUUGUUCAAAUUUCACGAAUUUUGAAGGCAGUUGAUAUGCCCAAGUGGAAGGGGCAGCUGAAAUCAAAGGGGGGUACCUACCCUAUACUUGAUUGGGGGGUCCAUUUUGUCGUUCUGUAACCAAAAUAGAAAGGAUGUUAUCGUGCUGGAAGUUCCAAUAGUUUACUAAAUGUAUUUUUGUGAUUUUCGUAUGUUGAAAACAAUUGUAAAUAUGGGUUUCCGUAGAUAUGUAUUGUUAUGUAUUUCUUGGAAUAGCUAAUUUUGAAAGCUUAUAACAAAAACAAUUCAUAUUCUCGUUUAGGUCAAAUUAUUAGUAGAGUAGUUAAGAAAGUAAAUUUAAAUCAGUUCAGCUGGUAUUGGUGCUACCCUCUCGUGAUUUAUUUAAUUCUAUUAUUUGUUAACGAGCUAUUGAGGAGAAUAUCAAAAUAAGACUUUCGAGCGAAAGAAUUUCAAGAUAUCAAUCUUUAUCCAGUAAAUCACUUUUCUUGCAAGCAUACUUGGAUUAUAAUUCUGUAGACAGGGCCCACGCCACAAAUUUCAAGGUUGAGGAGCCAGGUUCGCACUUGAAUUUAGUACUUCAAAACCGGGCCUCGUUGUAAAUAUUUUUUCUUAUCAAAAAAGUGGGGGGCCAUGAUCCCUCCGCCCACCCCCUCCGGUGGCGUGGGCCCUGGCAGAGCGGAAUCCUGUUUUCAAAACUAUUGCGACAAAAGGUUCAAAGUUAUAAAUGACAUUUGGCAUCAUCAUUAGUUUAUCUUUUCCUUAUUUUUCAUCAUUCCGGCCAUCUUAUUCUUUUACAAAAAUUCCCGUCGUUAAAUUCAGGAUCAUUCGAAUACAGCCGGCUGAAAUGUAUCAACUUCAAAUGUGUGAUUUAAAGUCUUUACAAAAAUCGUUGUCUUGUGCUUGAGAAUCGAAGUCGUUAUAUAUGCAUUAAGAUUUGCGAUAUUCAUUUACAAUUUCAUUUAUGUGCAAUAAAUUAUCAAGACUGAAUUGAUGUUGUUGACAAUCGCAUAAAGAAUGUUCUCAGAGAAUAUGGCUGCACAAAUUGAGAAAGGAAGAGCAACAACAGAAAGGCAUUGUGCAAGAUAAACCAUUUUCAUUCUGGACACUGCAAUAAAAUUCAUCAUAUGCCGUUUUUGGAGAUAAAAAUAAUGGUGUCUGGAGACUGGAAAAUGUUGGCAAGCGAGGAAAACCUCACCAGGUUUUUAACUUGUAAUUCUUUCAAUCGUCUUUUAUUUCUAACUUGUUUUUGAGCAAUUUUGUACACCAUAAUGGCGCUAUAGAACUAUGAUUGCAGGGCGUUUCAAGGCAUUCCAAGGACAAAGAGCUAUGAUUUUGAGUAAAUUUUUGAUAUUAUUAGAGGGGGCUGAGCUCCCUGUUAAUGCGGUUUCUGGCCUGAACUAGUGAUGUAAUUUAACGUUCCCCUUUUAAGUGUGAACAACCAACUGAUGUCGCGCAUGCGCAUUUGGAUGUGUUUCACGAUUUUAUUUCGGUUCGUGUAGACAAAUGCUCGGUUGAGAAAAUUAAGAAAACGUUUGAAGGCAGAUUUGGUCUUUGUAGACUCGAAACACGCGUUUUUGUAGCAGUGAAGUUUAUUUUUUCUUUUGCUACCUUUGCUUUGCUGUGCGGUGCUUUGCUGUGCGGUUCUUUGUUCCCGCGACUUGUUUUGAAGAGGCUACUUAUUUAGAACGAGGCCAUCGGAAUAUUCUGUGACACGACCAACCAGAACUAAAAGUGAAAGAAGAUCUGAAGAACAUAAACAAGUGGGAAACAACAACAAGAGAAUCCUUAUUUAUACAUGUCUGUUUGAAAUAUGGCAUCUUACAUAUCAAAGAGAGGAGAAAAAAGUGCCGAUUUAGAAAACAUCCUUUUGGAAUGUUUUGAGAAAGUAAUGUCAAAUCCUUUUGAUAAUGAGAAAAACCCUGCUGGCAUCAUCAACAUGGGUACCAGUGAAAACAAGCUGAUUGUGGAUAUCUUAUCAGAAAGAUUUAAGAAAAUUUGCCUUGAUGGUAUGCCUCAAUGUUACAUGCAAUAUGCUGAUAUGCGGGGACUUCCUGAGUUCAGACAGUCACUGGCAACAUUUCUAAACAAAUACAUGAAACCUGCCGAGCCCUUUGAAAAAGACAAUUUGUAUGUGUUCAAUGGUUGUGGAUCAGUCAUUGAAAUGCUUGGUUUUGCAAUAUGUGAUGAUGGUGAUUGCCUUUUGGUGCCAGCACCAUAUUAUGGAGCAUUCAAAACAGAUUUAGCCUGCCGAAUGGGAUGUGUGAUAUAUUCAGUUGAUCUUUCAAGUGAAGUGAAAAAAGAAUUUGGGGAGAAGGAGCCAUUUGAGUUGUCGGUAGGACGCCUUGAAGAGGCUUUUGUCAAAGCAGAGUCUGAAGGACAUAAAGUUUGUGGCAUCAUUCUGGCUAACCCAAACAACCCCCUUGGUAACAUCUAUACAAAAAGCCAGAUAGAAGAUUACCUCAAAUUUGCAGCUAGACACAAUAUUCAUGUCAUACUUGAUGAGAUCUAUUUUUUGUCUAUAUAUGAAAAGGAAGCUCAAUUUACAGGGGGUAGAAGCAUUGUAGGUGCUAUAGACCCAAAGCUGCUUCAUAUUGUUUGGGGUUUCAGCAAAGACUUUGCAAUGUCAGGAUUCAGAUGUGGUCUGGUACAUACAGUAAACAAGCAAGUUGAAAGGGUCCUCAACGCAAAUGCAUACUUUCAAAGUGUUCCAACUCCUGCGCAAUUCAUGCUGCAGUCAAUUACUGAUGAUCAUGAUUGGCUGGAUAAAGUUUAUUUUCCAACAAACCAAAGCCGAUUACUGGCUGCUAAAAACUUUGUUUGCAAGGAGCUGGCUGAUAUUGGGGUCCCAAUUUACCCAUCAGCUGCUGGUUUAUUUGUAUGGGUAAACUUCAAAAGUUAUGUUAAACCAUUGUCACGAGAAGGGGAGCUAAAACUAUUAAAUGCCUUCUUGGAUAAUGGUGUUUAUAUUUGUCCUGGUGUUGCAUUCCAUUCUAAAGAAUAUGGCUGGUUUAGGAUUAUCUUCAGUUUGAAGCAACAUGAGCUUAUUUCAGGCAUCCAAAGAGUCAAAGAUGUUUUACAGAAUAUCAACAGAAAUGAAAGUGGGGCUGGAGAAAAUCUUGACGAACUAGUUGUCAAUUUCCAGAGAUUGGUAAGGGAAAGUGAUUGGCUAGAAAAUAACACUGCUGAAAAAUGGGUUAAAGAAAAUCCAGAACUGGCUGCCAAGUUUGUAGAGCAGAAGUCAGAUUGAUUCAAAUGAAAUAUUGUCUCUAUUUUGUUUCUGUUUUCAGUGAACUUGACAGGGCACAGAUAUAGUGCUAAUAUAAUUUAUAAAUUAUUCGAGACAGUUAUGUUUUUAAAUCUUAAAGGAGAGCAUUAUAAAUGCAAUAGCAUUUGUCACUAGAUUUUGAAUGAUUGACUCAAAGAUUGGAAUGAGGAUGUAAAGCAUGUAAUUAACAUGAUCUUAAAAAAUGUUUUAUGAAAGGUGUUAUUUUUACAUGUCUAUAACAAAGAGAAUGAUUGAUUUAACUGAUUUA